UUGGAUUUUCAUUUUCAGGCCAUUUCCAAUGCUGUCAGGAAAGCCGGCGUGGCUGCUCUUUAUGGAAUUUCUAGGAAGGCCAAUGUACUAGAGGAAGAGAUCAAAGACCUGUACGUAAUGAGCAAAGACCUGUUCAUCAACAUGAUUACCUCAUCGUUCGCAUGUAGUGGAAUUGUUUCAAAGGAGAACGAUGAGGUAAUCAUUGCUGAUGAGAUUAAAAGGGGGAAGUACAUAAUAUCCUUCGAUCCGCUCAACGGGUCCUCCCAGAUCGACAGCACGGCUCCUAUGGGUGUGAUUUUCGGAGUCUGGAAGAAACUCACCGAUGGAAUGACUGCUGCUACGAAAGACGAUUUCAUGCAACCGGGCAGUUCCAUGGUGGCUGCUGGCUAUUGUAUUUAUGGUUCAUCAACGAUGGUAAUUCUUUCUACGGGAAGCGGUGUAGACGGUUUCACUCUUGAUCCGAGCAUUGGGGAAUUCAUACUUACACAUCCUAAAAUACACCUUCCUAACAAAGGAAAGAUCUACAGCAUCAAUGAGGGAAACGCAAAAAAUUGGUCGGCUGGUCUUGCUGCUUACAUACAUGACAGGAAGUUCCCACCAGCUGGCAAGAAAGUGAUGACUCAGCGUCACGUCGGAUCAUUAGUGGCUGACAUCCAUCGCACACUUUUCUACGGAGGAAUAGUUCUCUAUCCACCCACGAAUGAUGCCCCGGACGGAGAGCUAAGUCUCCUGUAUGAAUGCGCUGCAAUGUCUUUCAUCAUCGAGCAAGCUGGAGGUCUCGCGAAGACGGGAAAGCGUGCGCUACUAGACGUCAUUCCCGACAAUACUAAUCAACGAACGCCUUUCUACGCUGGAAGUAAGGAGGAUGUAAAGGAGUUACUCACUUACAUCAAUAACGAGUAA